UCCCCCCGCCGCCGGACACCGAACCUAGUGUGGCAGGACACCAAUAACUCCAGUGUCCGCCGUUUCGCGCAAUAGCUUGUUGUAAAUCAGAUAACGCUGUACUCCUGGGCUGCACUAUGGUGGUUUGGUGGUAUGCUUUGCUGGCGUCUUACCUUUUUUGCUUACCGUCAGGUCCAGAAGCGAAGACACGCCAUGCAGUGCCCACUUACUUUAAACGACUCAAUCCUGACGGCUCAGUGGUGGACGCUGAUGAUCCUCAAAACCGCAUAAAAUUCGCGCACCCAAUUCGCGAACAUUUUAUGCCCAAUGCUACUCUGAAGGUCAGUCCAAGCUCGGUUGAAAACGGAGCCGCUGUGAAUGUUUCAUGGAGUGGGGUUACACUACCCAGCAACUUGGACUUCAUCGCAUUUUACUGCCCAGAAAAUGACCAGCCGGAACAUUAUCUAGAUUACUUUUAUGUCACGGACUCGGCAAGUUAUGCAUCGGGAUACGGCUGGAGAAUGGUCAAUGUGUACAACAUGAGAACCAAGUGCGAGUUUCGUUAUUAUCAACCGACCUAUGUUCAUGUGGCCACUAGUAAUUUGCUGCAGUUUAAAGGAGGGAUUUAUGUUCCUUUGCAAGGACACAUAGCUCUUACAGGCGAUCCCUCGCAGAUGCGAGUUAAAUGGGUAUCGGGGACAGAUGAUCCUCCGAUUGUUCAUUAUGGAACAGACUCUUCGCUGCGUUUCACUGCUAAAGGCACCUCAACAACGUACAAAAACACCGACAUGUGUGGGCCUCCCGCGUCAUCUCAGGGUUUCUUUAGUCCUGGCUACAUUCAUGAUGUUCUUCUGACGGAUCUUUCUCCGUCAACACAGUAUUUUUACUCGUACGGAUCCUCCAAGAUGAUGAGCGCUAUGUACAAGUUUCGUUCAGCGCCCGUUACAGACGCAGACGCUUCCUUUAGUUUUGUAGUUUAUGGUGACAUGGGAGUCACUGUUGUGCCAGGUGCGCACGAUACAGCAAAGUACAUGGUUGAAGAGGCUAAGAAAGGCAGUUCACUUGUAUUCCAUGUCGGUGACAUCUCCUACGCCAGGGGAUACGCAUACAUCUGGGAACAGUGGCACGAACUCAUUGAGCCUUACGCAACACUGAUGCCAUAUAUGGUGGGCAUGGGCAAUCACGAACAGGACCAUAACUCGGGGGGCUCCAAGGACCCUAGUGGUGCUCCGGGUGAAGGGUGGCACCCCUGGUGGGGGAACUUUGGUGAUGACUCUGGGGGAGAGUGUGGAGUGCCAAUGUACCACAGAUUUCACAUGCCUGAUAAUGGAAAUGCUCUAUGGUGGUACAGUUACGAUUACGGAAGCGUUCACUUUAUCAUGAUGAGUUCUGAACACGAUUACAGACCCGGCUCCAGACAGUACGUAUGGCUGGAAAAUGACCUGAAGAAAGUGGAUCGGACCAAGACUCCAUGGGUUGUGCUGGGAGGGCAUCGACCAAUGUAUUGUAGCCAGGAAGAUUUGGGCGACUACAUCGUGUCCUUGGGUAUGCAGCACUAUUUGGAGGACCUUUUUCACCAAUACAAAGUGGACCUGGCCUUCUGGGGUCACUAUCAUAGCUACCAGAGAACAUGCGCAGUGUACAAGCGUGAGUGUCAAGAUGAAGGAAUGGGUACUACACAUAUUGUUGUAGGGACAGCUGGGUUUGAAUUGGAGUGGCUACCCUUCUGGGAUGCGAAAUGGUCUCGUUUCUAUGAGAUAGACUAUGGUUAUGGAAGAGUUCUAGUGGCCAACAGAUCGGCACUCUAUUUUGAGUGGGUCCGAAAUAAAGACAAGGUUGUACGUGACAAAGUCUGGCUGCUGAAACCAAGCGAACGAGUUGAAAUGUAACGAGGUAGCUUUCUAAUAGCUGGCUAAUCUCGGAAAUACAGGCCAUGGAAUUUAGUUUGUAAGGUUUAGUAAAAGUUCAGCUCAAAUAUAACGCCCCAUGCUAAUGGUACUAGGUGUACGAAAAGAUGCAAAUAAAGCUUUUGUUAACUACUAUACAAGUCAAUAGUUGUCA